GCUCUAUUAUAACUUCCUAAUAACUGCAACUUUUUUCUUAUCAAAUUACUGAUUACGCGUAGAAAACGGUAAACGAUGGUUACAGUGAUUUAUUUAUCGUUAGUAGCGGUAUUUAUACAAAUUAAAUUGACGCUGGAUUAAUUAUACUUAGUACCUACAUCAGCAAAUAAAGAACAUGUUUAUUAGUGUUUGUCUGCGAACGUCUAAAAGUUUAAAAUUGUCAGGUGCUACAGCAAUAAUCUUCAAAAAGCAAUUUAAAAGAAACUAGCACAAGAAACUGUUUUUGUCCUGCCAUAACAGACUACAUAUAUUAGUACAAAUUUAGUGUGUAAAAGAUGGUAAAGCUUUGUAAUAAGAAUCUAAGUUGUGAUGUGAAUUUGAAAGUGAGAUUAAAACGCCAUGUUCCAAUAAUUGAUUGGCUGCCUUCGUAUACUGUAAAUAAGUUAUUCCAUGAUCUUUUGGCCGGUUUGACCGUAGCUUUAACUGAGGUUCCUCAAAGUUUGGCUUACGCAGCUAUUGCAGGUCUUGAUCUACAUUAUGGCUUGUAUUCUGGAUAUAUGGGCAUAUUCGUAUAUCUUCUGUUUGGUAGUUGUAAAGAUAUCAAUGUAGGACCUACAGGAUUGUUGUCAUUAAUGAUACAGCCUUCUGUUCAAACAAUGGGGGCAGAUGGAGCCGUAUUAAUGACACUUAUUUCUGGUAUUAUUAUUUUUACAAUGGGCAUAUUACAUUUAGGAUUUGUGGUGGAGUUCUUUUCGUAUCCUGUGAUAGCGGGAUUUACUUCAGCUGCUGCUAUUCAAACAGGUUCAGCGCAGCUUAGAUCAUUGUUGGGUAUAUCAGGUCAAGGGUCAGAAUUUUUGGAUAGUUGGAUAACCGUUAUUGAGAAUAUAAGAAAAGUUCGAAUCGGCGAUACAAUUUUGGGAAUUUGUACUGUUGUAUUUCUUUUGGUUGUUAAAUAUGUUUGUAGUAGUGGAAGUUCCAAAAGUGAUCCUCAAAAGACCAAAACUCAGAACGUGAUGUCAUUAUUCUUUUGGCUUUUUUCAUUGACCAGAUAUGCUCUCGCUGUAAUAUUUGGAGCGGUACUAGCAUUUACUCUAAGCCAAUAUGAUCGUAUGCCAUUUGUAUUAACAGGCAAUGUAGAAAGAGGUUUACCUGGAUUUUCAGUACCAAACUUUGGCACAACAUACAAUAAUGAAACUUUUUCAUUUAUUCAAAUGAUUUCGAAUUACGACAGUUCUAUUGUAUUUAUUCCAAUGAUCUCUAUUCUGGAACAUAUCAGUAUUGCUAAAGCAUUUGCGCAGGGUAAAACAAUUGACGGUACCCAAGAGAUGCUUGCUCUUGGCAUGUGUAAUAUCGCAAGUAGUUUUGUUCGAUCCAUGCCAAUAACUGGAUCUUUCACUCGAACUGCUGUUAAUAAUCAGUCGGGUGUAAAAACGACCUUUGCUGGUUUCUUUACAGGAUGCCUAGUUCUUAUGUCUUUAGGAUUUAUAACUUCUUUCUUUUAUUACAUACCAAAAGCUACUUUAGCUGCUGUCGUUAUCAGUGCCAUGGUGAACUUGGUAGAGUUUAAAGCAGUUCCGAUCCUAUGGAGAAGUAAAAAAACCGACGUUAUACCGUUCCUUGUGACUCUAUUAACAAGUUUGUUAUGGAACUUAGAGUACGGAAUAAUAGUGGGAAUUGUAGUAAAUAUUUUCUUCAUCUUGUACAAAAGUGCAAGGCCAAGUAUUAAAAUAGAAACAAAAUUAGUAGGAGAUAUCAAUGUAUACCUGGUGGAGCCCACGACGAAUUUGCAGUUUCCCUCUGCUGAAUUUCUCAAAGAAAGUGUGUUAGCACAGUGCGAUGCCUCUAUUUCAUUUAUUAUUAUCGACGGAAAGAAUAUGGAAUCUAUCGAUGCAACUGUGGCAAAGAAUCUUAAAGCACUCAUCGACAAUUUAAAAAUUAGGAAACAAACUAUAAUAUUUUGGAAUUUCCGAGAAAAGGUUGUAAAGGUAUGCAUUAAUUUAGAUAAAUCAAUGGAUGGAUAUUUCUUUCAAGGCUCCCUUAGUAACGUAAUAGAGGAGUUUCAAGGUGCCAAUCCUAACCAAAAACGCGGUAAUGACCUUGAUCAGGCUUAAAAGAAUAACUUAGGAAUGCACUAAUGUAAGAUAAACGAGAUAAUAUUUCCAUUAAUAUUUGUAUUCAAAAAUAUAAAUCAAUUAAAUGUUUUUUUUUCA